AUGCGUCGUUUGUUUAUAAAUAACCGUCGUGAUGAAUUGCAAAAACAAGUGGCUGAAGGCAGUCUGAGUAUAACUGGCAGUAAUGAUGUGUUGACCUUGGCUUUGGGUCCCGAGCAUCCAGGGAGAGUAAGAGGGGUAGGUGCUGGGAUUUCCCCUAGGCAAUUCUUCAAUUUACCUAGACCACAAAGGGUAAAGUUUGCUGAUCAAUUGAAGGAAAGUGUAAGAAUUGUCCUUCAAGAAGAGACUAAGAAGAUGGAAGCUAGAACCAAACAAUUAGUAGAGGCUGAGAGGGAACAUUUACUAAGUCAGCUUUCCCACCUCAUCCCCAAUUUUGAUCCAAGCAUGCUUAAACCGAAAACUAGCCCCUGUCAAAACCAAGGUCUACAACAAAGUCCCAAGAAUCCAAUGUCUGAUAAAGCAAGCUGUUCUGGGGCUGAAGUGAGAUCCCUACAUUUAGAGGAUGAUACUGCCAGAAAUGGGGAACAGCAGGAACAAACGGGUAAUGAAGUAGUUGAUUAUUCAAAUGUGGAGGUGCCAUCUUCCUUACAAUCCCUUUGUGGUUAUGUGGAAACUACACUAAAGCCACAGGGGAAGAUCAUGACCUUCAACAUUGAGAAGGAGGUGUUUGGUGCAGAUCGAGGUACCUUCGUCUUGCAUGAAGAUAUUACACAGUUUGCAGGCAUGGAAGAAAUUGGGGCUACUGUGGUUGCAGUAUAUAUGAGGUGCUUAUAUGAUCUUUUGAGAGAAGCAAAUAUGUGCAGCAUGGUUGGCUUUAUCGACCCUGCUCAAGUUAGUGCCAACGCUGGGUCACUAACUGACAGAUCACGAAUUGUAGCCAGUCGACUUCAGAAAACAGAUGGUGAACAGAUUUUCAUGAUGCCUUACAAUCCAGGCCGUCAUUGGGUCUUGCUGAUUGUGAGGGCAAAGAGGGAAACCGUCUAUUUUCUGGAUCCUCUGCCUGGAAAUCGUGUGGUUGAUGAGGAGGGCAAAAACAUCGUGAACAGUGCUUUAAAAAUUUAUAAUUCCCACAUAGGCAGACCAGGCCGUAAAGCACCAAUUUGGAAAACUCUGCCAGGCACACCAAAGCAACCCAGCAGUGUCGAAUGCGGGUAUUAUGUGAUGCGCUUCAUGAGGGACAUCAUCAUGGAUCUUUCCUUGGAGUUUGAGAAGAAGUUUGCCAAGGGAAAAGAUCAAGCGCCAUACCCCCAAGCAGCCAUUGAUGAAGUCAGGAAAGAAUGGGCAGAGUUUGUUUGCCUUCAUAUGGAUUAG